AUGGCGUCCCACGACCACCCCAACCCCAAUCAGAGCCAAAUGUACCCACAAGUGAUGGGCGGUACCGUCCCAGAUCACCCCCCUUCCUCUUCCCUCUACCCGACCAUCGACAUGAGGGACCUAGUCGAGAAUCUAUUCCCCGAUGGAGCUGACCACCCCGGGGCCAAUGCCCCCUCCGCCCCUCCCGAGUCCAUCGAGGAGACCCUCAUCGCCGUCCCUGGCGCCAUACUCCACCUCAUCGACCGCCACUACUCCGUCGAGCUCGCCACCGGGGAUCUCCAGAUCUACCGCAUCCGCCAGGGCGACAACACCGUAGCCGUCUUCGCGGCCGUCUCCGACGAAAUACAAUGGCCUCUGACCAAGGACCUCGCCGCCGUCAAGCUGGACUCCUCCCACUACUUCUUUUCCUUCCGGCCGCCGAGUGAGUCCAAGGGUAAUUUGUCUUCCAGCGAUGACGAAUGCAAAUCGAAGAAGAAGGACAAAAAGACAAAGAAGAAGAAGAAGAAGGUAAAGGAUAAAGCGGACAGAGAGGAAGAAAGUGAGGUUUUGAGCUAUGGCUUGACCAUAGUGUCCAAGGGGCGGGAACAGCUGCUGAAGGAACUGGAUUUGAUCUUAGAGAGCUACAGUAAUUUCUCGGUGAGGACGGUGGAGGCGGAGUCAGUGGUGACCAAGGCUGGGGAAGCAGCCCGGGAGAUAACUGCAAGCGAGCUGGAAUCGGACCAGAAGAAGAAAGAGGAGGUCGAAGGUAAGUGCGCUGCCUACUGGACGACCCUGGCCCCGAACGUGGAGGAGUACAGUGGAACAGCGGCACGGCUGAUUGCAGCUGGUUCCGGGCAGCUGGUUAAGGGGAUACUCUGGUGCGGGGAUGUGACCAUGGAUCGACUGAAGUGGGGAAAUGAGAUUCUCAAGCAGAGGAUGGCUCCGGGUGUUAGUUCUGAGAUGGAUCCUAGUACCUUGAGGAGAAUCAAGAGGGUGAAGAGGGUGACUAAGAUGACUGAGAAAGUGGCAAAUGGGGUUCUUUCAGGAGUUGUGAAGGUCUCAGGAUAUUUUACUGGUUCUGUUGCAAACUCUAAAGUAGGAAAGAAGUUCUUUAACCUCUUGCCUGGGGAAAUGGUCCUUGCUUCUCUUGAUGGAUUUAGCAGAAUCUUUGAUGCUGUUGAAGUAGCUGGAAAGAAUGUGAUGUCAACUUCUUCUACCGUGACCACUGGACUCGUCUCCCACAGGUAUGGGGAAGAAGCAGCUAAGGCAACAAGUGAAGGACUGGAUGCUGCAGGGCACGCUGUGGGCACUGCAUGGGCGGUAUUUAAGAUUCGCAAGGCACUCAAUCCACAAAGUGCGUUCAAGCCCACGGCGCUGGCCAAGUCAGCUGCUAAAUCUGCUGCAACUGAAAUGAAGGCAAAACGUUCCAAGUAA